AGCUUGAGAAAUUUAACGAAAUUCGUCUCCAGCAUCAACAUUCCGCCUCCAUAACCAUGGCGUUGCUGGCCCAGGGGAGGACGAAUGAAAAUCCAGCAAGCCGAUAUCAUGUAAGCCACGAGGGCAUUAUGAAACCGACCACCGACUAGGGCGAGGAGUGCAACAGGACCCACGGAGAAGGAAUCUUCUACAAGAAGAAUCACACUCCUUAUCUCAAGAUGGCGGCACCCGGUGACUUUACCGUGACGAACAUCAAGCCGGAGCAUGCGUUUGGGAUCCAGUACUACUUCGACGGCAUUAUCCAAGGGGAUCUGGAAAACGCCCACCAUGACUUCAUCUACUGUUGCGGCACCCAGCUGAUCCACUACUCGCCCGGGGAAAAGAAGUCGGUGUUCUUAAACCGCCCGUCAAGUCACCUGCAAAUCACUGCGUUGGCGCACUACAAGGCGAAAAAUUUGCUGGCGGUGGGAGAGAAGGUAUAACUCUAGUGGAUUUUUUUGAAAAUUCCGUUCGUGAUUCACUGCAGAGUAAGUACGGCAAUAUCUUCGCUCCUGCAAAGUUGUUGUGAAGAUGCACUGGACGACAGUAUUCGACCCGAUUUUACUCAUAUACCAAGUAAUUCUAAAAGGUUUUCUACAAUGGUGCCGCCCUCGCGAAGAACUACCGUCCCAACACGGACUCGACCGCCCGCGGCACCCCCGUAUCAAAUGUAAAAAUGUCUGGGUCUGGAAAAGUGGAACUUGUGAUGCUAAAUCUGAAGCAUACAAAAAUCUGUGUUGCAUGAUUACCAAAAGUCGUCCAGUUUUGGCCAAGUCGGGAGGGAGUUUCUCAUGCAGGAUAGGCAUGAGAGAGAGUGCGCAGAAUCUGUCAUGUUAGGUCCUGCAUUACAGACCUCAUGGGUCAUGAAAAAGCUGCAUGACAAAUCCAUCGCGCAUUCUUCCAGACCCAGACACUUUUACAUUUGAUACCCCGCGCUCGCGAACAGUCUGGACCUCGGGACGCAGAUCACGAUCCUGCCCGCAAGCGCGACCACCGAGAAGUCGAAGGACCAAGCAAGGGUUUUGACGCCGGUCAAUCGCUCCUCCGUGGUCCAGAACUUGAAAUUCUUUUCCGAGGGGACGAGAUUACUCGCCCUGUACCUCGAUCGGACCCCAAACCCCAACGCGAAGAAACACCAAACGACGUUUGAUUACGUCCUCGACCUGUGGUCCUUGACGCACGAGCGGGUCCUGCAGUCGGUGGAGGUGCGGAACCAGCUGCUGAACCAAAUCUACAUCAUGUCACCAGCGCAAUUUCUGCUUGCGGGGCCGUCGUACUUGCGCAUUUGGCAGAUGGAGCCCAUGAAGGAGCUGGACACUUUUUUCUCGCUCAAGCAGGAGAAGAGCUUAAAGGUACUUAUUUUGGACCAGUGAUAAGACUUCUUUUUACUGCAAGACUGAUUUGUUCUGGAACUCUUGUGCUGUUUCAUUUUUGUGGUGGCGUACUAUAAUUGCAAGAAUCAACCCGGGAACAAUCAGAAUCACAACUGUAAAAAAUUCCAAUAUACAUCAGAUGGUGAACUCGGUCCACCUGAUGAUGUACAGUGAGUUCGUUUCCGGCUGCGCUAACGCCCAACCGGAGCAGCAGUCCAUGGUCGCAAACCCCGUCGGUAGCAACAACGCCCCGGCGACAACCGCGACGAAAACUGUUUCGCCGGAAGAGGACUUUCUGAUGAUUUGGGUUUUCUGCAAGGACUGCACCUGGUUCAAGUUUAAGAUCAAGGAGAAGACCGGGAAGACUUCCCUUAUGGAAGCCGGGAAAGUGAUUGACGUGACGAAAGAAGAGUGGGACAACGACGGGGGGAACGUAGAGAUGGCCGCGGGCGGCGUGAUGGUCGGGAGGUUACCGCCGAAGCCGUCGGAGAUAGAGCUGACAUACGUCGUAUCAAGUGCAAAUAUGUCUGUUUCUGGACGAGUGUAAACUUGUCAUGCAGGUUUUCCAUGACCCGUAGAGUCUGGAAUGCGGAUAGCAUGACAGACUCUGCAAGGUCUCUGUCAUGCCUAUCCUACAUGAGAAACUCCCUCCCAACUUGGUCGAAAGUGGACCGCUUUUGGCACUCAUGCAACACAAGUUUUUGUAUGAUUCGGAUCUAGCAUGACAAGUUGCAAUCUUCCAGACCCAAACACAUUUGCAAUCCAUACGUCGCGAGGUGGGGCAACGCGAACGGGUUUUUGCUAGGUGGGACACACGGGUUAUGCAAUACAAAUUUCCCGUACAUGUACAAGAUGCAUCACAAAUUUCCCCAAUUUGAAGUGUGAAACUUGUCAUGCUAAACUAGGACCGAGGCCAAGUUUUGCCAUGCAGAGGACGCAUUUGUACGUGUACAGGAAAUUUACUGUGGAUACGGGUACCUCGGAUUGCUGAAGUUCAACAAGGGCGAGAAAGUGGAGACGCUGGGCCCGUUCUGGGUGAACGAUAACUACGGCGCGGAGCAGAUCAAGUAUGAUAAUGAUUGUUGGUUUUUCUGUAUUCAUUAUCCAGAUAGUUAGUUAGAGUUACACUGUGUCUGUGUGUGUGGGGCAUGACAGUUGAAAUUUGUCUUUCCUGUUUCGUAUCCUGAGAUUUGAAGUUUAACUCUGCAACAACAUAUAAUCCAGGUGGCUCUCUGACUUCAAGGAAGAUGUCAUCCCCAAAAAGUACCGCAACCGCCCAAGGAUCCACGAUUCGCAGUUCAGAAUUCCGUCCGUUUUGGUUCUCACUGCCACCUCUAGAGAGGACCCCAACGCCGGGCAGGACACGAUACCACUCGGCAGGGUACCGCCACCAAAAGAGGACUUUCUUCGCUUGUUCGAGUUUCCAAUUCACAAGCGCGAGAUGAUUCUCGGCGGCCAGCUGAAAGCGGCAUCACCUUUGUUCGAGUUCCACGGAGACUCGGUCGUUAGCUUAGCGGCGGCACCGAAGGUAGGAGUUGAUGUUUUAUUGUUCUGCGCCAUCAUGCACGAUGUUCAUGAUAAGGCGAAGGCCCGUGAAAUGCAUCAAUUAAUGUUUGCAUCAUUGUUGUUCAAGUUCAUGGUUCAUCUUCAUCACAAAACUUACUUCCCAGGGCACCAAAGCACUCUACUCCAUCGGCUCCGACACGUCGCUGAAAUCGUGGACUUACCCAGCGACCACCUUCCAAACCGGGGGGAGUUCAAGUUCAACAAGUAAACCCCAAAUCAUGGAAACGGGCACGUUUUCCAUGUCGCAAACCACCCAAUUCGACUACGACAUCCCAAUCUCAGUCGCCGUGCAUCCGAGUGGCUUCGGCAUCGCGGUCGUGUUUCUCGACCGGGUCAAAUACUAUUUCACCUGCUACGACGCCAUCCACCAAGCCUGGGAAUUACCUUUAAAACAGCCCUCCUGCUGUGCGUUUUCCGCAACGGGGGACUACUUGGCGGUGACCACGACAAAUUUCGUUUUGCUGCUAGACUUAAACAACGCGAGCAUGGGCUGCCCAACGAUUUUGGCGCAGUACACCGGGCAUCUAGCGGUCAUCAGUCAAAUUCUGUUUUCGGUAGACGACAGAUUGCUGAUGACGUGCGGCAGGGACGGCUGCAUCUACGGCUGGGAGGUACAGUGUUUUGUUUUGCGUAAACAGAUGUUUUGUACUAGCAUUUUGAGGCAAGAACGCAUGACAAGUUCGAACUCGGCAUUAAAUAAAAUUAAAAACAUAUGAUAUCCAGAUCGCAGGCGGCAAUCGCGUGAUCGAGCACGUGUCCAAGGGCUCGGUCUACGUUUCCUUCUGUUACGAUGGCGCAUCGGAAACGGUGAUUGCCGUCAGCCGGGAGGGGGAUUUCCGGCUGAUAAAGAAGCAGACCGGCACCGUGGAACUAGAGUUGAAAGAGUGCUUCUUCAACUGUCUAGCACUCGCCCCGACCCGGCACUUCCUCGCCGCGGGCACGAUUUUCGGCAGCAUACGGAUUUUUGACUGGCCAUUGAAGGAAGUGGAAGCGGAAGCCGGCGGCGGAAGCAGCGGCACCGGGUCGAAUUAUCUUCCCGUGCCGGCUGGGCAUGAAAGGUAGGAUUUCAUGUGUCAAGUGGUGCUGACAGAAUGAGUGCGUGUAUAUCUUCAGGUUGUCUUGCAAGAACAUCAAGACACGGCUUGAUAAUAUCGAAAAACAACUCAGGUUUCACUCCAUCGAAGUCCUUCUGCACACGUCCCCAGUAGUGAGCCUGGCGUUGUCACAGGAUCACCUCAAGAUUUUUUCCGGUGACGAAAGUGGGUCGGUGUUUUGCUGCAAUCUCAACCCUAAGCCGGAGGUCGCGGAAAAAAAGUACUUAUGUCAAUUAACCUGGUCUGUUUCGACUUUUGGUCCCCAUUCGCGUAUGGCUAAGUGCGGCGCACAAUUGAUGUAUUGAUUAGAGCCAAGUCGUUCGUGAAGGAGUGCGGCUCGUGCCUUGAGUUGUGUCGCGCUCGGUCGCGAACAGCUCAAAAAGCGCUCCGGUUUCGUGAAGUGCGCGCUAAAUCGCUAACGAACAGCUUAAGCAGUGCGUUUCCCUUAAGUAAUGCUUAGGCAGUGCGUUUCCCUUAAGUGCUGCGCAGGACUUAAGGUAAGUCCUUCGCGAAGGGCUUAAGCAGUGCACUUUCCUUAAGUAGUGCGCACGACUUAAGGUAAGUCGUUCGCGAAGGGCUUAAGCGGUGUACUUUCCUUAAGUGCUGCGCACGACUUAACGUAAGUCGUUCGCGAAGGGCGUAAGUAGUGCACUUUCCUUAGGUAGUGCGCAGAUUUGAGCUAAGUCCUUCGCGAACGGCUUAAGCAGUGCGUUUCCCCUAUGUAAUGCGUAAGCGGUGCACUUUCCUUAAGUGCUGCGCAGGACUUAAGGUAAGGCCUAAGCAGUGCACUUUCCUUAAGUAGUGUGCACGACUUAACGUAAGUCGUUCACGAAGGGCUUAAGUAGUGCACUUUUCCUAAGUGGUGCGCACGAUUUGAGCUAAAUCGUUUGCGAGGGGUUUAAGUAGUGCACUUUGCCUAAGUGGUGCGCACGAUUUGGGCUAAGUCGUUCGCGAAGGGCUUAAGUAGUGCACUUUCCUUAAGUGGUGCGCAGACUUAAGAUACGUCGGUCGCGAGGGGCAUAAGUAGUGCACUUUGCCUAAGUGCAGCGCACGACUUAAGAUACGUCGAUCGCGAGGGGUUUAAGUAGUGCACUUUGCCUAAGUGCUGCGCACGACUUGAGAUACGUCGUUCGCGAGGGGCAUAAGUAGUGCACUUUGCCUAAGUGCAGCGCACGACUUAAGGUAAGUCUUUCGCGCAGGGCUUACGCAGUGCGCUUCCCUUGAGUGCUGCGCACGACUUAAGGGAAGUCUAAGCAGUGCCCGAUAUCAAGCCACCAUAUGAAUCCCACAGGCGGCGCCGCGUGGUCCCCGAGGAAGAGGAAGACACUAGGUCACCGGAGCAGCUCGAGGAAGAGCACUGGAAUAUCCUAUGCAAAAACAUCCCCACACCAUAGUCAAGAUGGGAAGUCUGCAACACAAAUCCCCGAGUUUUGGGAGUUCUGCAUGACAAGUCUCCAUCUGCAGCGUAGUGCUGGCUAGCAAGGACAGCCGCAUGAGAAAGCCGCUUUCUUAUCCUGUUUACAGCAUUACAAAUGCCAAAACACCACUGGAAAUGCCUCUCAUGGAGCUGCGCAAUACAAAUGUUCCUCUCAUUGCGCAUCUGCAUGACAACUCUGGGGAGUGGCACUUCGGUGUGGUGAUGGCACUUCGGUGUCCGCCUGACCUACCUUCCCUGCGUGACAACCAUCUGCGGCUGUUUGCAAAGGGGGAGGCAAAGUGUGCCGCACUUCUGUUUAGCAUGACAACUCUGGGGGGGGACGUUUUUACAUAGGAUAUGGAAGGGUCUGAUGAACACGUUCGCGAACUGCUACCACCGGAUCUACAGCGACGAAAACCGGUUGAAGAUCCAGAAAAUGAAGUACUUCGAAACCCAGCGGAAGAUCCAGUUCCCGUCCAGGAUAGCCUACAGCUCCUUGUCCGAGGAUUUUGUCCUCUGCAGCCGGCAGUUCCUGGAAGACGGGUUGUCCGAAGUGCAGGAACUGCGGGAGAGAAUAGAAAACGUGAAGAACGACGCGGCGUACACCCUCGCGCAGAAAGAGCAGGAGGUGGAGGAAACCGUGCAGAAACUACAGGACGACCAGGCGGCGAAAUUGCAGGAGGAAGCGGAUAGGUAUUUUUUGUCAAACAAUUAUCAAAUUCUUACUUGACAAAAUGUUCUUUAUCCUUUCGAUCGCCACUACUAUGUGGUUGCAUAAAAUCAAAUGCAGUCUUCUGAUGUUGAAACUUUGUAUCAGGUACGAAAUCCUCUCCAUGAACCUAGCGCAAUCCCAGAAAAUCCACAACGAAACCACCGCAAUGAAGUCGCAGGAGUACGACACCACGAUGAGGAACAACGAAAAAGAGCACGAAGGGAGGCUCACGAAGGAGUACGAGAAGCAGAACAGGCUCGUUAUGGGAGUGUCAGAGUUGAAAUCGACAAAGUUGAGAUAACUUGUAAUGCAUAAAAUCGAUACCAGUUGGAAGCCCAAUUUCUAAGUGGCGCAUGACAAAUUUCGGCACCGUUUAAAUCCAGCUUGUCAUGCUGUUUCGGGACAGAAGGCGUUUUUUGUCAUGCUCCUUUAGGGUUUAGGGUUUAGCUCUACCGCAGACCCCAAACAGGCUUACGGUCGGCCCCACUUGCCAUCCCGGCAAGAGAGGCAAUCCAUGCCUUGCAUUUUAUGCAUGACAAAUCGUUUCAUUUCAACUUUGACGAUUUCAAUCCUGACAGAUCCAUACUCGUUGCGGAAAUCCAGGCGAUGCGGGAAAAAAACCGGGCCGACAUCCUCGCGCUGGUAUGGAUUGUAAAAAUGUCUGCGUCUGGAAGCUUGUAAUGCUGCGUUGGGAAUAGUGAACGCUCUGUAAUGUACAGGCAAGCAUGAAAUAUAUCUGCGCUGCUUUGUGUUGCGAUUUUCGCAUAACAAACUGCGUUUCUGCAUGACAGGCAAAAGGGUCUCUUCUUGGACACGCAUCACAAACUUUUUGGUCAUGCCAGACAAGCAUGACAAAUUUCGCAAUCUUCCAGACCCAGACAUUUUUGCAUUUGAUAGCUGGAAGAGUCGUACGAAGCGCAGAUAGACGCGCUGAAGAAGCAUAGUGAGGCGGCCAUGAGGGAACUGCUAUGCAAGAAAAACACUGUGUAAGCGUAAGUCUGUGAUGCAAAGCAUUCAAGACAGCUACACUUGUCAUGCUAGCCAGCCAUGAAGUCCUCUUGCAUAUGUGUUUUCACGUACUGGCUGCGCAUGACAGGCUUUCUCUGUCAUGCGGAACUACAGAUUUGUCAUGCUGUCACCCCAAGACACUGACACUAACACAGUUUUUUUCUUGCAUAACCGCGGUCAGAGUACGACAAGGUCUGUUCGAUGCUGAAAACGGAUGGCUUGAAGUUUGAAGAAGCCAUGAAACAGCAGGAGGAGGAAUAUGAGGUAAUUAUUUCUUGGCCCGUGAGCAAGUAUGUUAUGUCUUCCACGUAUUGGAUUCAUUUUUUUGUCGUGCUGGUCUUUAGAACAAACUUAUUUCGCAUCCGCAACAAAAAGCACGUGAAAAGUGGCAUGAAAUAUUAUGAAUUUCCCAGGCCGAGAUCACUGAAGUCCAGGAUUUAAAGCGGUCCGCCCUCCAAGCAGAAUCCGAGCGGUACAACGGAGCGUUGCGUGACACGGUGUCGAUGAAGAACCAGAUUGGCGCACUGCAGACGCAAAUCCGCGGGCAGCAGGAAGACCUCGCGAGGUCGAGUCGACAGCAGGACGAUUUGAAGAGGAAACUGGAGGAAGUGUUGGACAUGUUCCGGAAAGCGCAGGACCAGCUGAAGGACAGGGAAAAGGUGAUAAAAGUGAAGGACGAAGCCCUGCAGAAGCUGCGGUCGAACCAAAAGCACUUGGAAUCCUUUCGGUACGUGCUCUUUCACAAGGUGCAGACGCUGGAGAAGGAAAGAGAUCCGCUGGAGGAACAAGUGACCGAGCUGAAGGACUCGGUGCAAGGUACAGAUUAUGUUCCAUGUUGUUGUGUCUAUAGAUACGUGAAAUAUCUGCUCAUGCGUAAAGCAUUGUCGUGUCAUGAGCGAAUAGAAGAAUACUGUUUCGACGAUCAAAGAAUGCAUAGACAGCAAAAGUAGAGACAUACAGACUCACCCAUAAUUGUCAUGCAAAAUAAACUAACAAACCCCAGGCAUGUACCAAGAAAUGGUCCAAGACUUGCGAAAAAAGCAAACCCUGGAGACCCGCAACGCCGAAAAGCACUACAAGAUCCAGAACCUCGUGGGCGAAGGGAACGUGCUCGCCCGGAACCUCAAGGCCACGAAAAAAGACUUCAAAAACUUCGUCUCCGAGAUCACCGACUGCCUCGACAUCCAUGCGGUCGGCGACGAAGGGCAGACGGCAAAUAAGGACCCGACGCGACUCAUUUCGCAGAUGAAGGACGUGGUAGCGAGGUACGAGGGCAAGGUGAACAUCUACCGGUCGAAUCAGGUACUACUGAUGUUCAAGACGCGAUCAUGCACAACAUGCGUCAUUAUCAUUUUCAAGAAUUUCUGUUGCUGUCUGCGGAUCGCAGAAGAAAUUUGGCAUGCUAAAACCCCACUAAUCGUAAACCAGGAACUCGCGGAGGAAGAGAAGCGGACCGGCCUCCCCGCCAUCACGGACGAAGCGAUGCGACAGCGGGAUCACCUGAUGAGCAAAGCAAAAGCCAUGGCGGACUCCACGAAGUUCGAACAGUCACAAAGGAAGCGGGACACGGCAAGGUUCACGAACGAUAACUCCGAACUGAUCCUGGAGAUGAACCGGCUUCGACUCGAAAAAACGCAGGCGGAGCGAAAAAUCACGGAUCUAGAGAAGAGUCUCUACACAUUGUCGACCGAAAACUUGCAGCUGAGUCAGAUGAGUGGACCGGUACAGAAAGAUCUUGUGCGUUUAGAAUUUGCUGUAAAGCAAAUUCACUAAAAGCAUUUCGAUUUUGUUUCGUGAAUUCGCAUUCUGUUCCGCUAUUCAUCAAUCUUUCUGGCUGACAACAAAAUAAACCAGGGCCACAGCAGCCAGAACCGGGGAUCGAUGCACAGUAGCCAACAAUCGGGGUCCACGCCCUAUCUCCAGAGGAAGCAGAAGGAGGAGGGCAGCAGUCAGCGGUUGAGCCGGAGAAAAGAUAUGAACCAGCUUCCGCCGCAGGUGAAGGCCCCUGCGUCGAUGUCCAACAGCCAACUGGUGCAAAGUAUCAAUUGCAAAAGUGUCUGGGUCUGGAAGAAUGCAGACUUUUGUCAUGCUGUUUUUGCAUGACAGAAAAUGUCUGUCAUGGAAGCCCUAGCAUCACAGAUUUCGAGAAGCUUCCGCAUUGCUUAAUCCGCAUCACAAAUCCCCCAUUUUGGUGACAGGAAGCGGGCGCCUUUUGCUGCCUAAGCAUGACAGAUUUAUCUAUGUUGUGAAAUGCGCAUCACAAGUUCGUAUCCUUCCAGACCCAGACAUAUUUGCAAUGCAUACAAAGCUACGAGCGCGAAGGGUUCCGGGUGGAAAGGUUGCGGGACAACCUCCCGCUCGAGGGCCAGCACGAAACCAUGGACAGCAUCGACGAGAUCUACACCGGGGGGCCGAUUGCCCCGUAUUGAGAGAAAAAAUCCCUCCUCCCCAUAUUGAAAAGGUAUGUUUUCAAAAAUUUGUGUUGCGGAUUUGAGGUCACAAAUCACAUCUGUCUUGCAAGAAGACAAGGGCAGAAGCUUCUGCCCCAUUAUGGAAGCGAUUUGUCAUGCUGUUGGGCCUAUGGGGGAGUCGUUUGCCAUGCUGAGCAGCUAGACACAUGCGCCUCUACCUAGCCUGGGGAUCUGGCCGCAGUGCCUCUCUGCAAUACAAAGCUGAUUUGUGGCCCCAAAUCAGCAUCAUAAAUUUCCGUUUUGAUAUGGGGUGGGGGGAUUUUUCAUUUUGAUACCCCGGCAAACAAGUUCCCCGCCGCGCUGCGACGGUGAGCGGCCGUUGUCGGGAUUUCGCUUCGUGGUUUUCUUGAAUCUAGUAUCAGCGCUGUAAGUAGUACAAGUGCACACAUUUCAAAAUGAUCCAAAUUCUAAACGACCCGUGCUCCUCCAGUGAAGAGCACGAACAUCGAACAGUGUUUAAUAAAUCUGAACAAAUUUUUACGACGUAGAGCUUCUCCGCUGCUAAGAAGCUCUGGACUCGUAUGGAACAAAGUGAUCUUAGUUUGACUUUAACAGCUCAGUAGGCGCGUGUUGCAAAAAGUGCUUCUUGCAAGAAACACGUUUGCAGGGUAUUCUUCAUUUCUGAUUUCCAAGUUAAGUACGCAAAAAUCGCGAGCGCAGCACCGCCUGCGCAUCGAAGAUAUCAAAUCCGAUUUAUUUACUCGAUUUAACAGAAACUAGCCCUGCAGUAAGGGUGGAAGCUCUUCUGAUGCCAGCGCCAAAUCAGCUUCUUCACCGCCAAAAUAUUUAUAAGAUGCUGGUUUGUGCGACGUGCGCACCAGUUCUUGGAGCGGAGCUGCAAUUUGGGGCUUUGACAAAAGUUUCAGACUGAUACAAAGUAUACGCGUUUCAUCUUCAAUGUCUCUGUACAAAGCUGAGUAGUGUUUCCAUUUUCUAGGUAGUACAAGAACUACUUGACCGGUUGAUGAAUGUCAAAACGUCUUGUACCAUACAGCUUUUGCAGCAGAACCGCAAGCAAUGAGAACUGACAUUCUGAUUUGCAAAAUUUAAAUGUACCCCGGAGAAAAGCGGAGCCGAAAAUGCAAGCUGAAGCAGAAUGAAU